CAACCUCGUAUUCAGAUUUCUAGAUAGACAGGAUCAGAUUAACCAGAAGAUGAUGCAGGCUGCCGUUGCUUUGUCGGCCGUGCUUCCUGUCGCCGUAAGGGGCAGGCCGGCGGCGAGGAGGAGUAGCGCCACCGUUGCCGGCGGCGGCAGGAGGAUUGUGGGUGUUGGCGUCCGUGCGUCGGCCGCGGCGGCGCCGGAGGCGGACUACAGCUCCAACGUCUCGGUGUUCCCCAUGGAGGCCUGCGACCUGGUCGGCGGCGAGGCCUGCGACGCGCAGAUGUACCCGGAGAUAAAGCUCGGCGCCGGCACCGGCGGCCCGGCUGCCGCGGCGAGGGCGCCGGAGGUGGAGAGGGAGUACCUAGCCUACGACGAGCCAAAAACGGUGUUCCCGGACGAGGCGUGCGACGACCUUGGCGGCGAGUUCUGCGAGGCGCCCUACCAAACCACCAAGUAGCUAGCUAGUAGCAGGAGUACAUCCAUCAAGUUGCACUGCUUCUUAGCAGGG